AUGGUGAAUUUCUAUCAUGACCUGGGGAUAAUUAUCAAGCACCGUAGCACAGUCAUCUUAAGUACCCAGUGGCUGAUAGACUUGUUCGGGCAGCUGAUCACUAUUCCAGAUUUUACGAAAAUGGUAAGAAAUACAAUUUAACGUGUUUUUAAACUUGCCAUGUUUUAUAACGGCUUCCAUUUUGGAUGACAUCACGGUUGUCAAACCGUGCAGUAACAAAUAAAAAUGAUUAUCGCACAUGCAUUGCACGCUAUCUUUCGUGUGUGUCAUCAGCACAAUCUACCUUUAAAGGGGUGCGAUGGAAGUACAUUGCAUGACCUGUAGAAUUAUCCUCAAAUGUAGUCUUAAAGGAAAGACCUCACAACAAAAAAGAGUGGAAAGAUACAUAUAUACGUGUGCUGAAACCAGCGACUCUUUAUGUCGACCAAUCAGAACGCGCUUUUAUAGUUUGUGGAAGUGAAAUUUGUACCGUAAGAAUUUUCCGGCGAGUAAACCAAAUGGAGGAUUCUGGCAUUUACGUGGCGCUUUAAAGAACAUUCUAUAGAUUUAAAAUCUGGCGUCUGUUAAAAAGGCUAUGAUCUUUUUUCGCCCCCAGAGAGAUAUAUUCACAGUUAUACUUUCCAGGCGGUCUUUCGUAAUUUCCAUUUUAUAUGUGUCCUCACACAAAUCCGCAAAUUACAAGGAGGAAAGUUUUCCUUGAAUGUUUACUCAAAAUGUUAAGUAGUUUAUUUUUUUAGAGAACUUGCUAAAACUUAUUAAUAUAACAUUUAGAAAUGUAAAAUGAUCCUGGAAGAAAGCUAUUUUGAAUAUUUUUGUGAUCAUUCAAUUAAUCAAAUCAAUCAAUCAAUCAGUCUUUAUUCUUCGUAAGAUAAAAAGACGUAUCUUAAGUUACAUCAGCAGUUGGGAGUCUAAAAAUACAUAAGACAUACUGUACACAAAUAAUAGAAAAUCAAAGAUUAUAUCUAAAAAUAAGCCUGUUUACAAAAACAUUCUUAAAUGUAUCAGUCUUUAUAUCCGGGCGAUGAGCACUUUUGUUUCCGAGUUGAUACUUUGUUUCUUUCUUCUUCGGAAUGAUGUUACUAAGCUGGCAAUCGGGAUCCACUGAACGUACCUUGAAAAGAUUUUUAUCUGCCUUUUCUAAACGUUCUUGAAUUUCCGUUCUCUUAGAUGUGUAUUUCCUUUUAAAGCAUCUAUCCAGAAAGUCUUGUACGACCGUGAGAUCUGAGUCUGCAGCGCCAUAAAUAGACAGACCAUAAGUGAAAUUGGUAAAACUAAGGCGCUAGAUAGGUGGUCUACUUCACCUUGACUGAAAACUUCAUCGCGUAAAGAUCUUAAUACAAACAGACACUUACAGUAUUUCCCUUAAUCAACUUAGCACGUACGUGUUCGCUAUAUUUACAAUUCUCCUGAAACGUAACACCUAAAAUGGGCAGCUCCGUGCAUUGCGGAAUGUUAUUAACUUGCGCAAUAUCCUGAAUAAAACCUUUCUUGCGAAAAAUAAUUUCUUUACAUUCCUCUUGCUAUUCCGUCUUAGGUCCCUAAGUUUGCAAAGCACUGAAAGGAAGUCGAAGAAAGCGGUGUUCUCAACAUGGAACUGCUUGAUCAUGUGUUUUCCAAAUUUCCUCUUGAGGGCGUUGCCAGGAAAGACAUUCUGGAUUUGAUGGAACAAUUUGGUUUGAUUGCAAAAUUUUCAUCAUCAAAGACAGGUGAAAAGUAUUUUGUUCCAUCUCAACUCAAAGCGUCACCUGAUUUCCUUUGUUCCAUGGCGCCCUCAAGGCUGGACCCUUGUCCCCUCUAUGUUUACUUUGUCAGUGGUUCUGUUCCCCAUGGUCUGUUCACUCGACUUGUUUCUAGAUCUGUCCAUUGGUGUUCUGAAGCUGGUCCAACUCAGCUCCCUACCCUGUACCAAAAUGGAGCGUGGUUUGUUAUUGAGAACAAAACUGUCCAUGAUUUUGUUCUUAUUUGUAAGAAGCAGUUUAUUAAGUUCUUUAUCAAGCAACGAAACCACCCUCAGCAGAUCUCUGUGGAUGAGACAAGUGAGAUGGCAGUGCAGGUUCGUGAGUUUGUGGAGGCAACAUUGCAAGCUUUGUCACGUGAUCUCUAUAAAGGUGGAUUGCAGUAUCAUAUUCAGGUCGCCUGUCCGUAUUGUCAGCGGAAAAAAUGCUCAAGCCAUAAUCAGUUUCCAUGUUCUCAUGAAGAUUGUCUUCACCUCCUUGAGGUAAGACAAGGCGUUCAUCUGAUUUGCAAAAAGAAACCUACAGAUGAAGUACUCACAGUCCUAGGAAAGCAAAAAUGGUUCUCACAGACACCAAGUAAGGUAGGUACUCCGUAGCACUGAAAUCCCAUCUCUAUCAGUGCUGUUAGCAUGUUACAUAUAAAUAGAAUGUUAACGUAAAAUUCCGAAAAUACGCCCCUCCAUGUAUAAGCCCCUCCAAAUAUAAUCCCCCAAUUUCGUAGUUAAAACCCCCCAUUAAAUCGCCGCACCCGAAUAUAAGCCCCGCGGGGGCUUUUACUUUGAAAUUGCCCUCAAAACAAAAUAAAACAAAUUAAAAACGGUACAGUAACACAUAAUGUUUUUAAUUUGCCAAAGAACUAUUGCUUGUGCCAAAUGACUGCAAUCAAGAAGUGUCACAGUGUAAUGCUGUUUGCGUAGUUCACUCUUCACUCUUGGCUUGAAUUUCUUCGAUCCAUAUAGCCAAAGUACUCGCAUGGCAGAGUUUUAGAAAGACCUAGGUCCCCAUGGCGAGUUUCAGUCAAACCUUCGUGCAAAUUACUGACAUAAUUUUUUUUCCAACUCUAAUCUAGCCCUGUCGAUUUUGAGACGCAAAUAUCCCUCCCAUUUCCCUCCGUAUAUAAGCUCCUCAAAAAGGGCCUUUGAAAAAAUAUAAGCCUGGGGGCGUAUUUUCGGACUUUUACGGCAUAUUACUACUAAAUUGAUAGUAUGCUACUGAAAGGCUAGUCAUUUAUUUAUACUUAAAAAGCUUCGACAAAGUUUGUGUUUGCGAUUAUUAGGUUAUAAUAAUGUACAACGUAGGCCUUCAUUUAACCUACCACAAGCCCCUCGCUGGGUAAAAAGAAGCAAGCAAUAGUACUUAAAAUCAAGUAAUUUGAUUAGGUCAGUUGGCUACCAUAUAUGACUCAAAAUUCUAUUCAAGUUAUUUUAGCACUUUGCCCGACAAAUGGCUAGCCUUGAACUGAGAAUCUCUUUACAGUUGCCAAUCAAUAUCAUCAACUCUGUUGUUAAAUACCUACUGCAGCCAUAGCAGUGGGUAUUCAUAACCGUUUCUCAAGUCUUUCUUAACAAGCUCUUUGCUUUACAGUUAAACGAUAAGUUUAUAGCUUCUAACUGGAUAACAUGUUUUGCAAAAUUUCUUUCAAAGCAGUAAACACCCCAGGUGUACACUUUCUAUUUUAAAAUAUGCAAUUUUGGUUUCUGUACAGGACGUGUAUACUCCAUCAUCACCACCACCAUCAUCAUCCUCAUAUGAUGCUGAACAAGGUCAUUCAGAGCGUUUAAUAUUGAAAGUUACCCUCCUGGCGAACGAAUGGGGGUCGUCUAGGGGUGGUUUGUCAACAAUAAACAGGACUCUUGCCAUACAUUUGGCAAAAGACCCAUACGUAGAAGUGAGCAUUCUUGUACCUGAAUUUGAGUGUGGAGAAAAAGACAAGAGAGUGGCCAAAAGUUACAACAUCUCCAUUAUAGAAGCAGGGCAUCUUCCGGGCUUCAGUGAUCCUCUUGAUUGGUUGAUCGUUCCACCAGAGGACCUUGACAUUCAGGUUGUCAUCGGCCAUGGAGCAAAGCUUGGCAAACAAGCGCAAAUUAUCAAAAAAUCUCAUCAGUGCAAUUGGGUGCAGGUUGUUCACACUGACCCUGAAAAGCUGGCGAUGCAUAAGAACUAUCCAAGUGCCAUUGCCAAGGGAGAAGAGAAGAACACAGCUGAAGUUGAACUUUGUCAAAUUGCAGACCUCGUUGUAGCCGUUGGACCCAAGUUAAAAGAAGCGUUCUCGUGCAAGUUGCGUUUAUAUCAUCAAGAUAUCUUUCAACUAAUACCCGGUUCCUUUGCAGAGUUUUCAGAUAUUAAACAUGCUGCACAUGAUGGUGUAAAUUUCAGAGUAUUGAGCUUCGGUCGCGGUGAUUUGGAAGACUUUAGUCUUAAAGGAUACGACAUUGCCGCUAAAUCCAUAGUUGAACUGAAGGACAGUUCCUAUAUUCUGAUUUUCGUUGGUGCAUCCCAGGGAAGGCAGGAUGAAGUCGCAGAAAACUUACUCCAGACUGGCAUUUCAAAGAACCAGCUGAUUGUGAAAUCAUUUGUGAAAGACAAACAAAAAUUGAGAGAAUUGUUUUGUGCUGUCGAUCUGGCCAUCAUGCCAUCAAGAACUGAGGGGUUUGGUUUGACAGCAUUAGAGGCCAUGUCAGCUGGUCUUCCCAUUCUGGUAAGUGGAAACUCCGGAUAUGGAAAAACACUGCGUAAACUUCCAAUGGGUGAGUCAUGUGAUCGACUCUGA